GGCGCUGCGGCGGGGAGUCGCGGUUAAUGAUCGCGUUUGCGUUCGAGGGAGAGACGUCGGGAAGAAACAACAGAUGAAGAAACGCAGCAGCGAGAACGGUAUUGAGAGCCUAAAGAGUGUCAAAACAUGUCAAUAUUCACACCUACUAACCAGAUCAGGCUAACAAAUGUCGCCGUCGUGAGGAUGAAGAAAGCAGGGAAGAGGUUUGAAAUAGCCUGCUACAAGAACAAAGUGAUGAGCUGGAGAUCUGGAGCGGAGAAGGAUCUUGAUGAAGUCCUGCAAACAAACACCGUGUUUGUCAAUGUGUCUAAGGGUCAAGUGGCGAAAAAAGACGACCUGUCAAGCGCUUUCGGCACAGACGACCUGACAGAAAUAUGCAAACAGAUUUUAGCUAAAGGAGAGCUACAGGUGUCAGACAAGGAGCGACAGAGUCAGCUGGAGCAGAUGUUUCGAGACAUCGCAACUAUUGUGGCAGAAAAAUGUGUGAAUCCCGAGACCAAGCGGCCCUAUACAGUGAGCCUGAUCGAGAGAGCCAUGAAGGACAUUCACUUCUCUGUGAAGGCCAACAAAAGCACUAAACAGCAGGCUCUCGAGGUCAUCAAGCAGCUGAAGCAAUCCAUUCAGAUUCAGAGAGCUCACAUGCGGCUGCGCUUCGUGCUGCCGGCCAGAGACGGGAAGAGACUGAAGGAGAAGCUCAGGCCAUUAAUAAACACAGUAGAGAACGAGGAGUUCGAUGAUCAGCUGGAGAUGGUGUGUCUGAUAGAUCCCGGUUGUUUCCGUGACAUUGAUGAGCUGAUCCGCUGUGAGACUAAAGGGAAGGGAACGCUGGAGGUGCUCAGUCUCAAAGAUGUGGAGGAAGGAGACGAGAAACUAGAAUAACCUCUCCAUCUUCACCUGCUCCUCAAACCAACACUUUAAACUAUUGCUGACUCCUUUUAAAUGGAGAGCCUUUUUUUGAUGAGUUACAUCACGGUCUGAAUAUUAGCCGUUUAUUCACAGCUGGGACAGGCUUCAGGAACAAUAUUAAAUCUGGUAAACUCGUUUAAAAAUAAAAAAAACAUGUCCCCAAAAACAAAAUUAUGCUCAGUUGCAGUAAUUUAUUUUCUGUGAAAAUGAAAUUAACUUUGUUUAAAACCAAUCAAAGUAAUGAUAAAAUGAAUAUAGUGAGAUUCUGUAAGAGUGCAUUGUUUGCCACAAUUAAAUAUUUGCUCUUUAAAUAGUUAGUAAUUGUGUUGUCUGUGCCUGCAUUGAUCAGAAUGUUAAGAAAUCUUUUAUAAUCUAAGCACACUUGAAAACUGUUCAAGAACUUGACUGUGCUGUUUAAACAAGUGUGGACACCACUACAAGAUGCAUCUUUCUCUAGAAGCUCAUCUGUGUGUCGGUGUGGACUUCAGCUUGGAAAGAAAUCGCAGGACUGAUCCACAAACUCAGGAAGCUUGAUCUCAGUUGUAGGUUUAGCGUAUCUCUGUAAAAGAUACACCGGAGCAAUGUCCAGACAGCAUGUGUGAGAAAAGUAUUCAUUUGGCAAAACAGUAAAGGCUCCUUCACACCAGAAUCAAUAACUAUACAAGGCAUGAU